AGGGAGAGUAAGUGCUCCUGUUCAGUGUUUUUUUGGGGGAAUAACGAUAGCUAAGCUUCUUCGGUGGGCAAUACGACGCCUAUAUAUACACACACAGCCAUAUAUUUUCACACCCAAUAUCAGUGCUCGGUGGAAGAUAGAGAGAAAGCAAGCUGGUCGAGACAGAAGAAACAGGGACAAUAGGGGAAGAGAGGGGUAGAGAAGAAGAGGAGGAGGAUAUGUUGGAAGAGGAGAACGGGGUAGACCCAAGGCUGCAGGCCAUCUCGGCCGCCAUCCGGGUAGUUCCCCACUUUCCCAAGCCAGGGAUCAUGUUCAACGACAUCACCACGUUGCUGCUCCACCCGAAAGUAUUCAAAGACGUAGUUGAGAUCUUCGUCGACCGCUACCGGGACAUGGAAAUCUCUGCCGUCGCCGGAAUUGAAGCUAGAGGAUUCAUAUUUGGCCCCUCAAUUGCGUUAGCUAUUGGUGCAAAGUUUAUACCAUUGCGUAAACCUAAGAAAUUGCCAGGUGAAGUUUUCUCAGAAGCUUAUGAGCUUGAAUAUGGUACUGACUGCCUGGAAAUGCAUGUUGGAGCUGUUCAUCCAGGGGAGCGGGUAUUGGUUAUUGAUGACCUAGUUGCCACUGGUGGGACGCUUUGUGCAGCAAUACGACUUCUAGAACGUGCUGGAGCUGAAGUGGUCGAAUGUGCAUGUGUUGUUGGGUUACCUAAAUUUAAGGGCCGAUGCAGACUGAAUGGAAAGCCUGUUUAUAUACUCGUAGAGUGCCGUCGCUAAAACUUCAUAAUCAGGUAAACUUGCGUCGGUAUUCUCUGCUCUGAGAAGUUUGCAAGCCGAUGUAGCAACGAAAUCUUCGAGUCAUUGCUGAGGCUAGCAGCUGUAGCAUUUUAUCCAUUACGAUAGACAGGAAAAAAAAAACAAAAUAGCUUCUUAGGAUCCUGUGAGAGCACUGCAGUUCCGUAGACAAAUCCGCAUGUCUUCUAUAUAAUUUUCGGCGUUCUUCUCCAUGGUCUUAAGUUUCAUGUUGCCAAAAUGGAUUUACAUGCACCCUCUGCACUUGAAUAAAUGUCCACGUUUAAAUUUUAGAAAUUCCCAUUAUUGAGGCUCUAGUUGGAGACCCCAGUGAUGCA